AUGGCUGCGAACUUCUCCAACCUUCCUGACGACGUGCUUCACGACACCCUCCUCUGUAUGUGUGACUUCCACGACCUCGGCGCCACAAUCCGCGUCUCCAAGAACGUGUACGACGUCUUCAACUCCCGCAAACGUCUCGUCGUCCGCGCUGUUUUGCAGAACGUAGCAGGCCCGGCAUGGGUCCAGGCAGCCCGCUUCGCCCACAUCAGGCUUUAUGGACCUUUCACAGACGACCCACCACUCCCCGAAGAGAGUUACUUUGAAGACUUGGACUGGGCGCCAUCGCGCGAUAUUUUGCGUCGCAUGAAAUAUACUCAAGAAGUGCGCUACCUGCAAGCGUUCUAUAGCCAACGAAACAAGGAUCGCAAGUCCCUGCAGAGCAUGUUAGAUUCCGUGGAAGCAAUGAGGUUUGACAGAGCUCUGUAUCGCUUGUGGCUCUGGGCCGCUCUCUAUGAAGAUUUCAUCGACCUAUACCGCGGCGGGUUCGAUGAGGAUGAUGACGACGACGACGACGACGGCUACGACAACCGUAAGCACAAACAGGCGCAUGCCCAAGUCACACAACUUUUCCAGAGUUUGCCCACCGAAGAAUUACUGGAAGCCAUCCAUAUCGGCUCAUAUCUCCAAGAGACGGUGGGCUGGCUCGGCGUCGUACACGCAAACUACAAAUACCGUCGAACCCUCCCUGAGGGCGUGCUUGCCGGCAUCCAGGCAGCGGUGCGGGUCAGCAGUCACUCGGACGUCCCUGAUUUCACCAGUCUUGUGAGACCCUUGCUCUCCUCCCGGAAGGUCAAGAAGGAGACGAUAGACGAGUAUGAAACUUCGCCAACAACCAUCCUGUCCACCGUCGCUGGCCGCAAGGAUACUUGUACCCGUUGUGAGGCCCUAGAGGGUACCAGGCUCAUAGGCUCUCCAAACGCCUGGAUUAUCGCGGGAGAGUGCAGGCUGCAAGAUCGCAAGCUCCUCCCGGGGCUUCUGAUGAGCAACCAGUGGGAGUGCGACGCGAUGUAUGGCCACCUGUGGCAUGAGAACGGAGGCAAGGCCGUCGACGAGGCCGCGCUCUUUCAUGAGAUGGUCGACCUCGACAUGGGCCCGGACGCGGAGUCGUGGUCGAAGGACGGGUGGUACUGCCGCGAGUGCUUUUGCGAGCUCUAUCGGCAGCGCUUCAUGCAAUGGUGGAAGGUCACCAAGGAGAAGAAUGGUGCCCCUGUGCUUGAUGAUUGCUGGUACGGCUACAAUUGCCGCACGAUGACCCACAGAGAAGCGCAUGCGACGAAGCUAAACCACUUGUGCACUCCCACGCGGGGAAAUGGUGCAUAA